AACCAACAUCAAAUUAAUGCAGUAAAAUGUUUAAUCUUCCUUUUUAGCAAAAUGUUAUUGUAAAAUCAAAAACAGAAAAUUGAAAAAAGUGGGAAUUUUAAAAUGGAUAAACUUAAAUUCAUCCCGACAAAGCAAAUAUCAUAACAAACAAAAACAUGGCGAAAUGUCAAAAGAAAAUGCCGUCCUUAGCUAUAUGUGUUUUAUUUAUUUUGGUUCUGUUUCCGAAUUACGAUAUUGAUGCUCAACAAACAUCUUUAACGUCGGCAAAUAGAUCCCUUGAUCCUAGAUUCUUAAAUUGGCUCAACUCAUUAUUUUUCCUACCACCAGAAGGGGAACUGCGCGUGCGCAAAGAAUACCGCAUGCUCACAGACGCAGAAAGAAACAACUUUCAUAAUUCUAUUCGACUUUUAAAACAAGACACGAGCGUUCCUCCAAACAAAUUCGAUGCAUUAGCUUCUUUACAUCACCUGAACACCGCACUGUCGGCUCAUGGUGGACCAAACUUUCUCGGCUGGCACAGGGUUUACCUUGUCUUGUUUGAAAAUGCAAUGCGUGAGAAAGUAGCAAAUGUGACAAUUCCUUACUGGGAUAAUACGAUAGAAGAAGGUUUACAGAGUCCUAGACAGUCCAUACUCUUCUCACCCCUCUUCAUGGGAACUGCAAAUGGACAAGUUACCCAAGGUCCUUUCUCCUUCUGGUCAACACCGUUUGGUCCUCUAGGACGUGACGUAGGCAAUGACAGGAGGCUCAUGAAUCCAAAUGACAUCUCAGCUAUCAUGUCACAGACUAUAAUAGCUGACAUAACAAAUCCUAACGCACCUGAUGCCACCAAUAUUGAAGAACUUCAUAAUGAUGUACACGUUUAUCUUGGGCAACAAAUGAGUAGAAUAGAGUCUGCUUCUUACGAUCCACUUUUCUAUAUUCACCAUGCUUUUAUAGAUUAUCUUUGGGAAGACUUUAGAACAAAUCAGCGCAUGCGCGGUCUUGAUCCCGCGCGAGAUUACCCGCGCAUUGUUGGUGAACAGACGCACCAACCAUUAGCUUCGAUGGGCUUAGGGAGACUUUUAGUAAUUGAUGGAAUAAAUGAUAUAUUUACCCGUCGAAUUUACAGAUACGAGAGACGGCCCACUUGUAUUCCAAACUCAAAUAAUUGUGGGUCGCAAUAUUUAAGAUGCGACUGGAGUAGACAACGCUGUGUUCCAUUAAUAAUGAAUCAAAAUUCACCAACCGCAAUGGCCCAAACAGGACCUGUUGUACAGAGGCUACCCUGGUGGUCAAGACAGGGUGGUGCUACAACUUUUGGAAACGGUCAAUUCGUCUUCGGUUAAAUUUAUGAAACAUUCCAGAAGAUGAAAAAAGAUGAACAUGUUGUGAUAGCGCCAUCAAACGGCUUAAAGCAAAGGGUGUUUGAAAAUAGAUGUGAUGAAAUGAAGGUAUCGACAUCAAAAUCUGAAUCUUGUCUUGAUUCCUCUUAGUAACACAUUGUUAAUGAGAUAUAAAUGUUGAUAAACAACACCGCUGAUAGGUUGGCAUUCAGGUUAGGUUUGUCUAAUUCUGAAUUUCGGUCGUCAGAAAUAUGCUCUAUAUUAUUUAUUUAACUUAUGAAGUUUGCCGACAGUUACCUGUAUAUAUUUCUUCAUCACUGACAUAAGGGUAUUUUUGUUUAGGGGAUUUGUUUUCCAAUUUCAUAAUUUUAUAAUCGAACCGAAAAGUUAAAAGUUACGUAAUCGAGAAAUUAACCAUUUAUCGAGCAAAGCGAUUUUUUCCAUUUUUGUUAAAUUUCAAGACUACAAUGAUACAUUUACACAUAUAUUUUAAGAAUAAUUUUUGGACUUCAAUGAAGUAAUUCAGGUACAAUACCAUAGAACAAUUUACCUUUAUAACUGUCUAAGAUAAGCUUAGAUGGUCAAAAUAGUACGAACAUGUUCUUGUGAACAUACCCUUGUAAAUAAAAUGCUAUGCAUUUAAGUGUCUCAAAAUCAUCAUUAUUUGCAGAUCUUAUACUUGUUAAAUCUGUACCAAUUGUCUUUCACCUGUAAAAGGUAUAUAGUGUUUACCCAUCGCAUAACCCACUCCUAAGUCUUAAAUAAGAAAGAAUUGUUACAAUUAUAAUACCUAGAUUCCAUUAUGUAAUAAUGUUAAACAUUGCAAUAUUCCGCUUAAGAUGAAAUACAUAUGAUAUAACAAUAAAGCAAAAAAAUGGAGUUUAUUUCUAAACAUAUGAACUUGAUGUUUUACAUUUUUUGCACAUUUUUAUAGUUUAAACAAAUCGUUUUCUGUAAUGACUACUGGCUUACAAUUCAAAACUGAAGAAGGGUUUUGUAGGAAGGUAAGCUUUGACUCAAUUUCAGGCUUAUAUUCUAUACUAAAGUAGUGCUUUAUUUAACGUAACAUUGUCGUCUGCUUGGUUGUCUCUCGUUAUAUCAUUUUAUGAUUGUGAUGAUUCAUGUGGUAUUUAAAGUGUCUAAAGCCACUCAUUUUCUCGAACAAUAAUUCGAUAAAAUAAAACUGUUUUGUUGCCAA